AUGGCCAUCCCUGCCGUGCCCUCGCAUGGCACCCCUGCCGUGCCCUCGGAGCGGCAGAGUCCCCCGAACCCCCGGGAGCCUGCGGGCAGACAACGACCCCGCUCCGAGCUGGCGGCUUUCGCUGCAGGAGGCUAUCUCGUCCAGGACUACGUUUCCCAGCGGCUCCUCCCGGGGCUGCACAUGCUCGAUGCUGCUCCCGGCAGCUCCUGGCGCGGCGCCCAGUGCGGCGGAAGGGCUGCCGGUGCGGCUCCCGGUGCGACCGGCGGCGCGGCGCUGCCCGGCGCGGAUCCCGGGGCAGACACCGGGCCGGUUCCCGGCGGUUCCCUGUGCAGCUCCCGGCGCAGUUCCCUGAGCGCCUCCCGGUGCCGCCCCCGGCGGGGCAUCCUCCCGGUGCGCCCUCGGGAGCGCACGGCCGAGCCCCGCCGCCGGCCCGGGCCCGAGCGAUCCCGAGCAGCCCCGCCUCGGGCCGGCAGCAUGCCCCGCGGGCGAGCCUGGACGCAGGCGGAGGUCAGCAGCCUCCUGUCGCUGGUGGGGGGCUCGGGGGAGGCCGCGCUGCUCAUGGCCUCCACGUCACGACCCAACGAGGCGCUCUGGCGGGAGAUCUCCCGGGGUCUGGCGGCGGCCGGCUACGGGCGCAGCGUGGCCCAAUGCCGCUCCAAGUGGAAGGCACUCAAGCAGGCUUUCCACUCGGAGCGGGAGACGCGCCGGAGGGCAGGACACCACUCGCCCCGGCUGCCGCCGCACUACCGAGCCAUGAAGAGCAUCUGGAAGGCAGCCGGGCGGCCCGUGUUUGGCGAACGGAGGAUGCCAGACGUGGUGAAGCUGCCCUCCAGAGGGCGCAAGUCAGCCCUUGCCACACGCUCUCCAUCCUCACCAGAGCCACCAGAGCACGACGUUGGUGGGGACACCCCCAGCACACUGCUGUCACCCGUGCUGCAGUGUGCAAAGGACAAGCCAGAGAGCCCUGGUGGGGAACACAUUGCUGGAGUGCCACCCACACCCCCUGCCAUGCCACACACUGGUUGCUGCUUCUCUCCCCUCUCUCUCCUGGGCUGUCACACUGACUUGAAGCAGGAAGGAGCUGAGGGAAAGGCCAGUUUUCCUGGUGAAACAUCCCUGAGGAUGGGAAGAGGAAACCGAGUGCUGCCACUGACUGCUGCAGCCAUAGGCUCCCACAGGACAGCAGCCAUGAGUGAGCAGCCAGCAGCAGGGUCUGGCAUGGCAGGCUUGCUCCAGAACGUGCAGCAACUGCUGGUGCAGAUCCUGCAGACAUCACGGCAGCAGCAGGCGCUACUGGAGAGCCUGGCCAGCGACACAGUCUCCCACCUCCACCUCCUCUCCCACAGCCUCGUGCAGGUGGGCGAGACCCUGCACCAACUCCUGCUCUGGCCUCAUCCUGGCCCCAUUGGCCACUAUGUCCCCCACGUGCCCCUUUUUGAGGGUGGCUCCGGAGUGCCCUGCUCCCCUGGUGCUCCCCACACUUCCCCGGACCACAAAGAGGAGCCUCAGCUGUCCCCUGAUGCCAGGUGCAUCCCACCCUGAGUGCCACCAUCACUCGCCCCAGGAGCAACAACUUUACUACAGAGCUUGGCACAAAUCUUUAUAUCAGAGGUUCCAGAUAUUUUGAAAGUUUAUACUAGA